CGCUUCCCUCAUUUUUCUUUUCGACCUCUGUUUAAUUGCCUAUCAUCGACACCUCAAUCAAUUGUUCUGAGUGAAACACAAUCCAAAUAUGGCAGGGACGAGCACCAGUGCAUCCGAACCAGGUCUUCAGCUGCAACUUAACUCUGCCAUCGCCACUCGCUUGCCCGUAGAGAUACUAUUGCAGAUCUUCGAGGAGUGUGCUGCAGAUGACGAACUGGACCCAGAAACCGAAGGCUAUGGGGGAAAUUGGAUAAGGAGCAUCACUCAAGUCUGCCGUUACUGGCGGGAGCUUGCCCUCGACUACCCCCCUCUGUGGACCAACAUCUCGUUCCACCACUCUUCCAUGGCUACUGCCAUGCUUCAGUAUGCGAGGAACGCCCCUAUCUCCAUUCGUGUCAAUCUUACUCCUGAGAGAAAACCGAGUCAGAUUCUACUUUCCCUUCUCCAAAGUGUGCGAUCAGCUUUAGCGCACUCCGACCACACAAAGGAAAUCAGCAUAGUGAGUCAGGAGAGUGAGACAUUUGCGGACGUGUUGAAAUCGUUCUUGGGUCCUUAUCCCCUUCUUGAGUCUCUUACGUUACGAGCAAUUGCGACAUCUCGGUCCUCCCCAAUGACCGAGUCUCCGUGGAUCGAGCUUCCGAGGGCGAUGUUUUCCACAGGAUUGCUUCCGCUUCGUACGCUCGUCUUAGAACGUUGCCUUCUCCCAUUCGACGAAGCCGUUCUGCACAUGCACUGCGCGCAGCUUACGCGCCUGGAGCUUCACUGCGUUGGGCCAUUCAACGGUCGGUCCAUCCUGGCCAUUCUGUCGGUGACGACGCAGCUCGAAACCCUCGUUCUCAAUUUUCUCCUUCCCCGUGUGCGGCACCCCGACUCCAUCACACAGCAAAUGAUUCAACUCCCUCGCCUCACCCGUCUGCGCUUUUCAGACCGUUACCUCACUAUAUACUCCAUCCUGCGCUUCCUCUCGCUUCCGGAUGACAUCUCUUUGAGUCUACAGUUCAUCAUAGACCGCGUCGCCAUCCCACCCGUGCCUUCUAUUAUCGUGCCGCAUAUUGCCCGUGGCAAACCCCUUCGCAGCAUCCUCAUGCACUCUGAAAACAUCUCUGCGCAACGCGGCAUCCGUAUGUACGGUUGGACGGCGGCUUCGCCAGUCCCGUCAUUCUUCGACGAUGAGCUCCCCGAAGCGAAGCUUGACGUUCAUUUCGCCCGCGCGUCGGGGCUGGAUGAUGGCAUCAUACAGUCCACGAUCUUCGACCUGUACUCGGCGCUGCCUCUGCGAUUCGUGACCGCCUUGACGGUCGCGCGCGUCCGCAACUUCACUAGCGAUCUGUGGAAGCCGCUGUUGCACUAUGUCCCCGCCGUCACCGAGCUGUGCAUCCACGGCCCCGACUCGAUCCGCGCACUCUGCUACGCCCUCUGUGCGCGCCUUCCAUCCGCCAGCGCUCCGACUGGGAUGGGGAUCAUCCUUCCGAACCUGUCCACUCUAACGAUCUACGAGGCGGUGUUCCGCACCGAGUCUGGCGCGCGGGACAAAGACUUCAACGGGCUGUUGUGGAUGCUUGAGAGGCGCGCAGACAGCGGCGCGCGGCUCGAGAACCUCGUGCUGUGCUACUCGGACGUGGACAGGUGCGACAUCGAGAAGCUUGCGGACCUGGUCAAGUCGCUUGUGUGGGACGGGUCGCUGCGCGGGAGGACGAGCGUUCCGGUGCCGCUGGAGAGCGCGGCGGAGCCUGCUACGACUCCGGCCUCCGAGCUCCUCGCCCAAUUUCUAAACGACUUGUGACUGUGACGAGCUCUACGACCUGAUGAACGACCUUUCUGGUACUUGUUGUAUGUGUACCUCUCUUCCGGCUUUUCGGCUCUGCGUUCUCACAUGACUGGUGGUAUAUCUGUACAAUAGUGGGCGCUGAUCAGCUAUCCUUGUCUUCCUCUCUCGACUCAGUCUGUCGUUUUUUCUUAGCGUCUAUCCGUGUACAUGCUUGGCCUAGUUGUACGAAUACGACGUUGUGCAUCUU